AUGGCCAACCCUAGAGUCGAAGAGCUUCCCGACGAGGACCCCAAGAAGACCACCGUCGAUGAGCACGAGGAUGACAGCAGCUCCGACUCUGAUGGCGAGGAGGAGACCAACCUCCCUGCCGGAUCGACCGCCGUCAUUCACUCCCGCAACGAGAAGAAGGCUCGCAAGGCCAUCGAGAAGCUGCACCUGAUCCGUGUCGACGGCAUCACCCGCGUCACACUCCGCCGCCCCAAAAACAUCCUCUUUGUCAUCAACAACCCGGAGGUCUACAAGUCGCCCAACAGCAGCACCUACAUCGUCUUCGGUGAGGCCAAGAUUGAGGACCUGAACGCCUCGGCCCAGGCUGCCGCUGCCCAGCAGCUCGCUUCCUCGGCCGGCCACGACCAUGACCACGCCGGCCACAGCCACGGCGAGGCUGGCAAGGCCAGCGAGGGCGACGCCAAGAAGGAGGACGACGAUGACGACGAAGAGGUCGACGCCGACGGUAUUGAGGACAAGGACAUUGAGCUCGUCAUGACCCAGGCCGGCGUCUCGCGCACAAAGGCCAUCAAGGCUUUGAAGGAAAAUGACAAUGAUAUAGUCAACUCCAUCAUGGCUUUAAGCCGAAGCGCAGCUCUCAAGAUCGACUGGGCACAGGUCACCACCUCCCUGGGCCUCCGUGGCCAGACGGCCGCCUCUCUUCAGGCGUUCAAGAAGCGCAACGACGACGUGAGGCGCAAGGUCCAGCAGCUGUCUCAGCAGCCUACCCAGGUCGACUUCGCCCACUACCGCUCCGUGCUUAAAAACCAGGCCAUCGUCGACGAGAUCGAGAAGCGCUUCAAAGCCUUCAAGCCCGCCACCUACGACGUCUCGCGCCAGCUCAAGGCCAUCGACGCCUUCGAGGUCGAGGCCAUCAAGAACGCCGAGGCCACCAAGACCCAGGUGGACAUGACCCUCAAGGACCUGCAGAAGACGCUCGAGAACAUUGAGACUGCCAGGCCGUUCGAGGACCUCACUGUUGACGAGGUUGCUGCUGCCGAGCCGUCGAUUGACGAGAAGACCGCCAAGCUGGUCUCCAAGGGCCGCUGGCAGGUGUCUCAGAUGUCGACUCGACGGGUUCCUGACUCCUUGAUCCUCAAGACCGCACCACCAUUGGACCCCGCAUGGAUAGCCUAUGAGCAGUCGCAGCCGCCAUUCGCCCCGCCGGACAACAUCUUAGAGCGGCAGAAAUGGUACGCCGAGCACUGUCGCUCCAGGCACGCAAGUCUCUUCGCCCCGGGCAUGCCAGACCACCACCUGAUGCAGGACAUUGACACGCGAUGGCUCGAGGUGCCGACCUCUAACCCAGACGAAGAUUACACGAUCCCCGUCCUCCAGUACAAGUCGGCACGUGCCACCGCAGCUCCAGAGACGGUGGUGGUCUACUACCACGGCGGUGGGCUAUUCGUCGGCGAGGCCGACAGCGAGGAUUUCUCGUGCCGCAAGCUCACCAAGAGCCCCUGCGUCGACGCCGUCUACUCGGUAGGUUACCGGCUCAUGCCCACGCACCCAGCCAGCGUGUGCGUGUCGGACGCGCUCGAUGCCUUUCGCCACGUUGCCGAGCAUCUGCACCGCGAUGCGCGCGUCGUGGUGGUGGGCAGCUCCAGCGGCGGCGAGCUGGCGGCGCUCGUGGCCCAGACCGCUGCUGACUCGGCCUCGCGGCAGGGCGCUCUGUUGCAGGGUGUGCUGCUGCGCGCACCCGUGACCUCGGACGCCUUCACGGGGUUGAAUCCACACGUGCCCGAGUCGGUGCGGCACAUGCACACGAGCGUCGGCGAGUCGUCGUUUGCCAACUCGAUGCUCCGGCCCUGGAAGAGGGCGGUGCCGAGGGACGGGCUGCCGCUCAUGCCGCUCGAGGCCCCGGACGAGGUGCUCGGCGCCAUGCCCAAGACGUGGGUGCAGGUCUGCACCAACGACGUACUCUACUCUGACGGAGUGUGCUAUGCCCGGAGGUUGGAGGACUGUGGGGUCGACGUCAUGAUUGAUGUCGUGGUGGGUUGGCCUCAUACGUUCUGGCUGAAGGCGCCCGAGUUGGAGGAGGCGAGGAAAGCGGAUUGCAAGAUGAUGGAGGCGCUGGCUUGGGUUUGUGAGUAG